AUGCAUACCAAUAUAAAUACCAACUUCGCAUUUGUGUUUAUGGGUGUUUCUGGAAUCACUAGCAAGACAGUCUUAACCUAUAUUUCUGAUAUACACACUCCUCGCUCGGUGUGCAGUGAAAGUUGUCCACCAGGACUAAGAGUAGCUGUGCAAGAAGGGAAGCCACUUUGCUGUUUUGAUUGUGUUUCCUGCCCUACUGGAGAAAUUACAAACCAGUCAGAUGCCAGAGAAUGUUUAAGAUGUGCUGAAGAUCACUGGCAUAAUGAGAAGCACACACAGUGUAGGCCUAAAGUUGUGGACUUUCUCUCCUAUGAAGAACCUUUAGGACUUUCCUUGGCUUUUUUUGCAAUUUACCUUUCAGCGGUUAGCGCUUCCAUUUUGGGACUGUUUGUUAAGAACCAAGAAACUCCAAUUGUAAAAGCCAACAAUCGUGAAAUCAGCUACCUUCUCCUGCUAUCACUCUGCUUCUGUUUCCUGUCUUCUCUCAUAUUCAUUGGAGAGCCCAAGAAGAUGAGCUGUUUGCUGCGGCAGAUUGGAUUUGGCAUCAUAUUUUCUAUCUGUGUAUCCUCCAUUUUGGCAAAGACCAUUAUUGUUGUUAUUGCUUUCAAAGCUACUGUGCCCAACAGCAAACUAAGAAAAUGGGUUGGACUGAAAACACCAUUCAUGGUUAUACUUUUCUGCUUUCUAAUCCAAGUCAUUAUAUGCUGUGUUUGGAUAGCUAAUACUCCAUCUUUCCCAGAGAGAAAUAUGAACUCACAAGAUGGAAAGAUAAUUCUUCAGUGUAAUGAAGGUUCCAUUACUGUUUUUUAUUGCAUGCUGGGAUAUCUUUUUUUCCUAGCAUCUGUGAGUUUCAUUGUUGCUUUCCUUGUUAGGAAUCUGCCAGACAGCUUUAAUGAGGCCAAGUAUAUUACUUUCAGCAUGUUAGUGUUCACAAGUGUUUGGGUGUCUUUCAUUCCUGCCUACCUUAGUACAACAGGAAAGUAUAUGGUUGCAGUAGAGAUAUUUGCUAUUCUGGCUUCAAGUGCUGGGCUACUAGUAUGCAUAUUUUUCCCAAAGUGCUACAUAAUUUUGUUCAGGCCAAAUCUGAAUACCAGGGGAAAUGUUGUAGGAAAAGGAAAUACAGGCUACAAAACAUAA